UUGAGAUGGAGCUGAGGAAGAUGGAGGUGGGUCAGGCCAACAGACACGUUUCUCUUCUGACCUCCUUUAUGCCCGAGUCGUUCCUUCGUCACGGCGGAGACCACGACUGCAUCCUGGUGCUGCUGCUCAUCCCCAGACUCAUCUGCAAGGCCGAGCUGAUCAGCAAACAGGCCCAGGAGAAGUUCGACCUGAACGAGACCUGCGUGGAGCGAGCGGGGCUGAAGGGCGCCGUCGGGGAGCAGCUGAGCUUCGCCGGCGGUUUGGUCUACUCGCUCAGUCUGCUGCAGGCCACGCUGCAUAAAUACGAGCAGGCUCUGGCUCAGUGCAGUGUGGACGUCUAUAAGAAGAUCGGCUUUCUGUACCCGGAGAUGAGCGUCCACGAGCGUUCUCUGGAUUUCCUCAUCGACCUGCUGCACAAAGACCAGCUGGACGAGACGGUCAACGUGGAGCUGCUCACCAAGGCCAUUAAAUACUAUCAGCACCUGUACAGCAUCCACCUGGUCGAUCAGAACGAGGACUGCACCAUGCAGCUGGCCGAUCACAUCAGA